CUUCAACACCAGUAACUUAACUCCAAGCAACAGGUUAAAAAGGAACACAAGAAGCCUCCUGGUUCAUGUUUAGUUCAAAAGAAUUUUCUCUCGUUGAAGAGGGAGGAGGCUUCAUUUCAUUCCACUUCGCAGAGGGGGAGAGAGAGACAAGAGUUUGCUUUACUAGACUAGUGGUGUUUUAUUGUAGGGGAUUUUACUUCUAUUUUAUAAUAAUAAAAAUUAAAGAAAAGAAAGAAAAAUGGACCAAGUCAAUGGGAUGGUGGUUCGUUCGUUAUCCCUCCUGGCUACUCCUGCUUAGCUUAGCUUCUCCUCACCUCCUUUCUUUCCAAACCCUAAACCAAAAUCCUAUCACGACAUCUUCAUCAUCCCUCAUAAACCCCUUCUUCUACUAUUCAAAAAUUCUUGCUGCUGCUGCCGCUUCUCCUGUCGAUAGGAGUGUGCCGCGGUCUCUCAUUUUCUUUCAGAUCUACCCCUUCCUCCAUCGCUCUUCUUCUUUCUUUAAUCUGUGAAAACUACUUAAUUCCGUAUUACCAUCUGGUAGAUUAGAUGGAGGGGAAUUCUGGCGGAGUUGUUGGUGGAGGAAGUGGCAGUGGAGGAGGAGGAGGAGGGAAUGAUGUAGAGCUCAUGUGCAAGACUCUACAAGUGGAACACAAGCUUUUCUAUUUCGAUCUAAAAGAGAAUCCACGGGGUCGUUACUUGAAGAUAUCAGAGAAGACUUCUGCCACCAGGUCCACCAUCAUCGUUCCCUUCUCCGGGAUUUCUUGGUUCUUGGAUCUCUUCAAUUACUAUGUUAAUAAUUCUGCUGAUGAUCAGGACCUCUUCAGCAAGGAAUUGCAGCUCGACACCAAGGUUUUCUACUUUGACAUUGGCGAAAACAGAAGGGGCCGCUUCUUGAAGGUGUCUGAAGCUUCUGUCAGUAGAAACCGAAGUACUAUUAUUGUUCCUGCUGGAAGUUCACGGGAUGAAGGGUGGGCAGCGUUUAGAAAUAUUUUGGCUGAGAUCAAUGAAGCAUCAAGACUUUUUAUGCUGCCCAAUCAGCAAAGUUCUGAAACUUCUGAGCGCCUCGUUGGACUUUCUGAUGAUGUAGGGGCUGGCUUCAUAUCUGGGCACAGUAGCCAAUCUGUGAUGACUUCUGAACUGAAUGUUGACAGGUCAGUUGAACUGCCCCCACAGGAUGAAAUUGGUAACAUGGCGGUGUCAAAGGGAAUCAGAGUUGAUCAGAAAAGAUUCUUCUUCGAUCUUGGUAGCAACAAUAGAGGUCAUUUUCUGAGGAUUUCAGAGGUUGCAGGUAAUGAUAGGUCCUCAAUAAUUCUCCCACUUUCCGGGCUGAAGCAGUUUCAUGAGAUUGUGGGUCAUUUUGUGGAGAUAACCAAAGAUCGAAUUGAAGGAAUGACAGGAGCAAAUGUUCGGACUGUAGACCCUCCUCAAAGAUGAAUGUUCAUUAUUUGAAGGUUUGAAGAGGGGAAAAAAACGAAUGGUGGAGACUAUUGUAGGUCGGUGAAGAACCAUUUCACUGUUUAUUCUGUCAAGGGGUUACUUUGCUGCAGCAAGCAGGUGUUUGGUUAGGGUGUGACUGUGGUCGGUCUGUUUUUCUGUUAGUUUCUUCUUCCCUUCCUUUUCUCAUUUAAGUCUCAAAAUAAUCCGAUUUAUCUGUAUGAUGAACAGAAAGGUUUCGGAGAUGCUUUACAGUGCAUUCUAUGUAGGGAAUAACAGAAGAAACGGGUCAGAUAAUUGUAAUUGUUAGUGUUUAGUUUGAUAGUGUGGCACGGUUGUUACAUUUUUCAAUAAGGCUCAUUGCAGAUGUUAUUGUCCAGUUUCAAUUUAAUGCCUCAGAGGUUGUAAAGAUGGCCUGCCAAGUGAUUGCAGAAUUGUUAAGCUUCGAUGAUCAGUUCAACUAUUACCACCAUUUUCUGGGUGUGCAUUAUAUAUCAAUAUCGGUUUUCUGUUA